AUGUUGCUGGCAUCAUCAAAGCAUGCCUUUGCCGGCCUGGUGUCGCAGACGGGAAAGCGUUGCUUUUCUGUAUCAAAGCUGUACGCUUCACAGGCGACAAGUUUUGCUGUCAAUGGUGAACGGUUAUGGAAUGAUAUCCACCACACGGCAAAAUGGAGCGGACCUUCGCCUGGUGGUGUAACACGUCUAUGCGCCGAUGAGAACGACAAGAUGGUUCGCGAUUGGUUCCGGGACCAAGUACUUGCACUAGGUGCAGAGUACAAGGUGAAUGCAACUGGCACUCAAUUUGCCAAAAUCGAUGGCACAGACAACAGUCUUCCACCAAUUGCGAUGGGCAGUCAUUUUGACACGGUGGCAACUGGUGGCAAGUUUGAUGGAGCACUUGGAGUACUUUGCGCGCUGGAGGUGUUGCGAAGCUUCAAGGAGCAGAAUAUCAAGACCCGGGCACCACUGGUCGCUAUCAAUUGGACCAACGAAGAAGGUUCACGAUUCUUUCCCCCACUCGGGUCUUCGACGGUAUAUGCGGGUCAAUCUACCAUAGAAGCGGCACAUGCAUCCACGUCGAAUGAUGGAUCGCCUUUAACUAUGGGCAGUGAACUCACGCGUAUAGGCUACGUUGGAGACGGGCCCAACACGUUCGAAGAAUUUCCAAUUUCUGCUCAUUUCGAGGUUCACGUGGAGCAGUCGACCGAUCUGGAAAAGGCUGGCAAAUCUAUUGGAUGGGUGCAAGGAUGGGAAGGAAUGACCUGGUAUGAAGCUGUGUUUCACGGACAGAACGGUCACGCCAACACCUAUCCAAUGCAUGGACGACGCGAUACCUUACAGGGAGCGGCGAAGUUCAUGACCAGUCUCGAGACACUUGCAUACCAUAUGGGUGGUCGCUCUACAGUCACCUCGCUUCAAAGCGGCCCGAUCGGGUCGUGCAAUAUCCAGUCUAAGACUAAGGUCGUCUUCUGUGUGAUGCAUAAGGACGGAGACAGCCUUUUGAAAAUGGGAGAACAAGCUCAGCAAUCAGCCAAAGCGGUCUCAGCUCUCCACAACCUGGAACAUGACUGGAAGAGGACGCUUCACUUGCUUCCUGGUGAUUUCACUCCAGAAGCGGUAGACUGUGUUGCACGAGCUUGUGGAGACAAAGGCAUAGGUUCUCGCACCCUCACUGGUCACGACUCGCUGUCGACGCUCCUGAAAGCACCUACCGCCAUGGUGUUUGUAAGGUCCAAAGACGGCAUCAGUCAUGCUCCGGAAGAAUGGAGUGACAAAGAAGACUGUGCGGACGGAGCUUCAGCCUUGGGGAAAUCAGUCCUGAACUUUGACGAUUAUCUUGAGCAUCAGUCGAAAUAA